AUGCAGCUACCAGAGUAUAUCGCUGCUUUAUUUUUCUUCUUAAUCUGCUCUUCGAUUUUACAUGGGAAAGUAGAGGCGCAUCAAGUAACAUUCUAUGUGCACAAUAAAUGUCCCUUUCCAAUUUGGCCAGCAACAGCACCAAACACUGGGCAACCAGUGAUAGCAGAUGGUGGAUUCUUCCUUGCUCCAGGCCAAGUACAACGUGUCAUAGCACCAUGGACAUGGAGUGGUAGGAUUUGGGGUAGAACAGGUUGCAAUUUUCCAUCAAAUAAUUGGAAACCAGCGUGUGAAACUGGAGACUGUGAUGGAAGACUAGCAUGCAAUGGGCUCAUAGGGACUCCUCCAGUUACACUAGUUGAAAUUUCACUUCAAGGUGAUAGAGGCAAGCCAAAUUUCUAUGAUGUUAGUCUUGUUGAUGGUUACAAUUUACCUGUUUCUGUUACCCCUAAGAUCAUAAAUCCCAAGUGUAACAUUCAAGGGUGCUUGAAGGAUCUCAAAAGCAUAUGCCCACAUGAGCUUGAGGUGCUGAAUUCAAAGGGAGAAGUUGUGGCAUGCAAAAGUGCUUGUUUGGCUUUUGAUAUUGACAAGUUUUGUUGUAGGAAUGAAUAUGGAAGCCCUGCAAAGUGCAAGCCUAGUGUGUACUCAAAUAUAUUUAAGGAUGCUUGUCCCAAUUAUUUUAGCUAUGCUUUUGACACACCUUCUCCAUUGGUGAGUUGUGCAUCCUCAGAGUAUAUAAUCACAUUUUGUCCUUAUGGGUGGGGUGCUGCUGCUGACCACAAAUCUGAAUAAAGAGGAAUAUUG